AUGUUGCAGUACGACCCAAAGUCCACAAUGAUAGAUGAGUUCGGCGAUUUCUUCGAUCGCUUUGGCUAUCGCUACCAGUUACGUGGAUCAUGUGUCGCCUACAAAGUGCACAGAAAUAAAACACAAGUGGCAAUUCCUCAUACUGUCGAGCUGUCAGCAAGGAUGACUAACAACCGAAGCAUACGUGCGACAGAUGCUGAAAGAGUGGCGCAUGAGAUAUACCAAGAACUUUCAAUGGAUGGUGCUCGUUUUGCAAAGAACAUCGAAGUGAUCUCUGCUUAA